AUGCUUCCAUGUCCACCAGUGUACAGGUAUCUUCCAAAAGACCCAGCAAUUUCUAGAAACUUAAGGCUGCAUACUCCCCAAGUUUCUUCCUUGUAUCCAGAUUCUAAUCUGCCUUCAAAUGCACCUACAAAAACAGCUAUCCAGGUUCCUCAAGAGCCUACAAGCAACUUAAGUCUGCAAAUGUCUCAAAAUCCCCUAAUGCACCCAGGAAUUCCAAUGCAAUCAAGGUUCCAAAAUCAUCUAUCAUCUGUAAACCAACUGGAUUCCCAAGGUUCCCCAUUUCAUCCAGGAACACCAAUGCAAUCAAGUCUCCAAUGGCAUUCAUAUCCUGAAAGGAGCCAAGGCCCCCAAGUAUCCCCAGGACAAUCAAUGAUAUCAAGUAUUCCAAUGCAACCAGAUUUCUCAACACAGGAAACUAUAUCAGUGUACCCUAAUGACCAGAUGCCCUCAAGUUCCUUUGUGAGUUCUGGUUGUAAGGGUUCACUAGGUCUUAUGGUGCCUUCAGAUAAAUAUGGUGACCAGGAAGUUCGUCCUAAGGCUAAAAAGAUUCAACGGAAGGAACGCACUGUGUACUCUGAGGAACAAAAGCUCCUCCUCCAAAAGUAUUUUGAUCAGAACAGUUAUCCAAGCCCGGAGCAAUAUGAAGAACUGGCACAAAAGAUUAAUGUGACCAAGUGUGAGAUCCAGACCUGGUUCAAGAAUAAACGUGCUAAGCACAAACAGAUGAAUCUAAAAAAGUUGAAAAAACUGCUAGAGUCAAGUGGAAGCUCAAAAGAUGUUUCUGUGUCUACUCAUUCAAGUCAAGAGCCCAAGUCUCCAGGCACAUCUACUAUGGCCUUCAAAUCCAAACUCAACCCCAGCCUGGAAGCUUCUCUCCAUGAUGAUCAGGACAUAAAGGAUGCUGGGUGUAUUCCCCAAGAGGACUCCCUUGAAGUUGCAGCUCCGGACCCUGGUCAACCCACUGUAGUUGAAGGUCAGCCUGAUCCAGCAAUGGCUGAAGGGCCAGCCUCAGUGAAAUCUCCUGUUCCCACCACAGCUGGAGCUCCUGACCUUGGUCUACUCAUAUUAGGUGAAGUCCAGACUGACAGUUCAGUGGCUGAAGAGCCAGCCUCUGUGGAAGCUCCAGUUCCCAGCACAGCUGCAGCCCAAGGGCCAGAUGAUGCUCAACACAUGUGUCUAUAUUCUGAUCAGCUCUGGCAUUGGAUAAGUGAGGAUCUGGACACAUGGAAAGACUCACAGUCUCAGUUACAUCCCGAGUUCAAACAAUAA